AUGUGGGAGCUGGGUUGUCCUUGGAACACACAUGACGGAACUUUAGUAGUCGCUCAGCAAACACUGUUUGAUUGCGGUGGAAUAGCAGUCAGUGUAUGCAUCUCACAUAAGGUCGCGGAUGCAUACAGUGUAAUCAAAUUCAUUACUGAUUGGUCUAAUUUAACUCGUGAUUCAAGUCAUGCAAAACAGUAUAUUCUGUUUGAUGGAACUUCUUUUUUCCCACCAGUUACUGAUACUUCAACUUUACCUGAUUUUGAUGUUGGAAAUGACGGAAAUUGUGUGACUAGAUUGUUUCAUUUCUCGUCGUCUGGAUUAGACAAACUAAAAAUCAUAGCAGCUGCAGAAUCAGGCAUUGAAAAUCCGAGUCGUGUUGAAGUUGUUACAACACUUAUACAUAAACAUGUCAUGAUUGCUUCAGGCUUAUUUAAACCAUCUUUACUCUGCCUCAUCAAGGGUCUUCGCCCACCGUUGCCUUUAAACAUCAUCGGAAAUGCUUGUAGCUUCUUUGUCACGUCAACACGAACAGAAGAUGAUAUGAAACUGUCCAAUUCAGUAGCUGUACUAAGAAAAUCUAAGGAACAACUUCGCGGAAAAUUGAAAAAUGUGACUCAAAGUGACAUAUUUUUUAAAGUAGUUGAAUUAACGAAACAGGGUGCAGAGUUAGUGGAAAACGUAAACAAGGAUGAUGUGUAUAAGUGUAGCAGUUUGUGCAAUUUCGGACUAUACAAUAUGGAUUUUGGAUGGGGGUGUUAG